CAACCUCUCAUAAAAAGCAAAACCGCCUUUCUUUUUCAAACCGCUACAAUACCCUUCACCUUCAAUCUUCAACCUUUCUUUUCCCUUUUUAAUCUUAUUUUUCUCUCUCUUCUUUAGCCUAAAAACUGAAAAAGCUUCAUUCCCCUGCAAAAUUAAACCCUUUCCCCCCUUUUUCUUCACACAUUGAAUCAUCCAAGUCUUCGCUUCAAGCAAUUGAGAACUUUUUUUUUUCUUUUGUGGAAUUUGAGCCGCCGUGAGGUAUAAUUUGUUCUUUUCUUUUUGUGUUGUUUUUUUUUUUGUUGUUGUUGUUUACGAUUCCCGGCGAGGAAUUCCGGCCUCGAUGUGGCGGUCGUGGAGCAAAUCGAUGGUACAGAUUCCUGAUAAGUCUUCACAAUCGUCUCCAUUCUCUUGUUCUUCAUUCAAAGACGUUCAAGAACUUUUCGCUGACGAAACCCCUCCUAAACCUACUUCGAGAAAAGCUUCAAUCGUUUUCCAUCGUGUUCGAUUUGUUAAUUCAUUACUUAGGGCGUGGUCAAAUCUCCCGUCCGAUAGUCAAUCGCAGCUUCGAUUUCAACCUGAGUCUGAACCGGUCCUCAAAUUUCUAGACCCUAAAUCGACUAAAUCGCCGCAGGUUCCGUCGCGAUCUGAGUCCGGGCCUGUUUCGGAUAAACGAAUCGUGGUUUACUUCACUAGCUUACGUGUUGUGAGGUCUACGUUUGAGGAUUGUAAGACCGUCCGUUCAAUACUUCGAGGGUUUCGUGUUUCGAUUGAUGAACGAGAUCUGUCGAUGGAUUCAGGAUUUGUGGCGGAAUUACAGCAGAUACUUGGUAAAAAGGAGUUGCCCUUACCGACGGUUUUCAUCGGCGGGGAGUACAUCGGUGGAGCAGAGGAAAUCAGGCAGUUGCACGAGAUUGGUGAGCUGAAGAAGCUGAUCGAAGGCUUGCCAACGGCGGAUUCCAGUGUUUGUGAGGUUUGCGGUGGGUACAGAUUCAUAUUGUGUGAGGAUUGUAAUGGAAGCCAUAAAUUGUUCACAGAGAAGAGUGGGUUCAAGACAUGUACGACUUGCAAUGAGAACGGUCUAAUCAGGUGCCAUUCUUGCUCUUCUGCAACAUUGUGAAUCAUUCUGAUUUCUCAUCCUUUCUCUUUGGUUAAUUUAAAGAAAAAAUGAUGAAAGGGAAAAAGAAAUCAUCCCCAUAAAAGGAAACCCAACAACAACAAGAAGAAAAAAGGAAACUAAUUUUUAUUGACCAAUUUUUCUUUUCUUGGAUCAGUUCUUAACAUUUUUGUAUCUAAAAAGUAGCUUUUAACGAGUUUAGCUUCUUCUUA